AUGUGUUAUGGGAACCAGUAUGUGGGCCUUGAACAGAAGAAUUCGAGUAGACCUCACCAACAACAAGGUUGUGUUUACUCAAUAACCCUGCAGGAGGCUGAGAAUUCAGGCACUGUUGUGAUAGGUACACUCCCGAUCUUGGGACACCAUGCGUUGGUAUUGUUUGAUUCUGAAUCAUCCCGUUCAUUUAUAUUAUCAAUAUUUGAUAAACAUGCCAUGUUGGAAUUAGAGCUUUUGUGCUAUGUGUUAUCGGUAUCCACUCCGUCUAGAGAAAUUAUUUUAGCAAAAGAAAAGAUAAAAGUAUGUCAGAUUGAAGUAGCGAGUCGUACACUAAAUGUGACUUUAAUAGUCUUGGACAUGCGUGAUUUUGAUGUGAUUUUGGGCAUGGAUUGGCUAAUUGAUAAUCAUGCCAGUAUAGACUGCUCUCGCAAGGAGGUUAUUUCUAACCCUCCUGCAGAAGCCAGAUUUAAGUUUAAAGGGGUUGGAACCGUGGUCCUGCCCAAAGUAAUUUCAACUAUGAAAACCAAAAGGUUGCUUAACCAAGGUACCUGGAGUAUCUUGGCCAGUGUUGUUGACACUAGAGAGCUUGAAGUCUUCUUUGAAGAAAAUCAAAUACAAGGAUUUCCAUGA